AUGUUGUCCUUCGGAUAUUGCGAUUUCUCAGCCCAAUCACACUUCCAAGCUCUAUCUCGAGAAAACAGAUACAAAGCGUCAUGGCCAUCGCAUACAUAUCAAGAGGGGCUAUUAGGCUCGUCGUCAUCAUCAGCGUCACGUUCAAACUCGAAGAGAAUGACAUGGUCACCAGCGGCCGCUAGAACCGAAUCCGAAGAUAUGGUAGCAUCGUGCAAGUCGAAGAGAAUGGCAUGGGCUGCCGCAGGUUCGGCGGCCCUAAGCAAAAGAACUUCGUGGUUACCAUCAUCAUCCUCCUCUUCUGCCUCUCCUAAUCGCUAUACUUCCCCUCCCCAGGCGCCAACUAAGCGGAUACCAGCGACACGGGAAACAUCUAGCAAUAAGACCAACAACAGCAACAAGUGGGACAAAUCUCGGAGAACAUCCAUGAUAAAUGGAUGUAUAGAACGAGUCAAGAGCCUUGGAAAGAAGAACAAGCGCAACCACAAGAACUACUGGCAGUUGGAUGAUGCCUCGACAAGAACGAUAUCCGCAUCAUAG